UUACAAUUACAGAAAAGAAGAUGUGCAAGUCACUUUGUGGGGAGACGUUGCACGCACAGUUGAUGUUGAUGCUAUUAGGACAACACCUCCACCUGCACUUGCGGUUUUUACAAGCCUUAAAGUUACCAAGUAUCCAAACAAAAUUGCACUAUCAAACACAGGGAACACUUUCUUUUUCCUGAAUCCGGAUAUCAAAGAGGCUGAAGACUACAAACAUUACUUUGGCGAACCUCAUCACGCUGCACGCAUUUUAUCAAGCCAACCCAAACAACCAAGAACUCCGGCAGAAUUACAGGCUCUCAAACAGAUGUCUGUCUCAGAUUUAAACAUCUGUGAUCCAAACAACUAUAAGAAUAAACCAGUAUAUUGCACAGCGAAAAUAACCAAAUUUGUACCAGAAGAAAGGUGGUUCUAUUUGGCUUGCCCAAAAUGCUUCAAGGAAAUGAGGAAAAAGCCACAAAGCCAAUUACUAAUCUGUACAGAACAUGAUAUGCAGCAACCUCUUUACAGAUUCAUAGUAACUGCAUUGAUAAAUGAUGAGACUGAUGAGGCAUCAGCCAUCAUAAAGGGGAAACAGGCGGAGGAACUAUUUGGUACGACAUGUGAGGACCUCAUCCUCAACAAAAAUCUUGACAAUCCAAAUAUACUACCACCAGAAAUUCUCCGAAUAGAGGGCCAAAUCAAACUGCUGGAACUUGAAAUAGGCGAUGCACAAAACGUUAUUGUCAAGAGAAUCCAUGAAGAUAUUCGUGGACUGAAUCCAACACAGAGAAUUCAGCCCUCGAGCUCAACACCCGACAACAUCCAGCCCUCAAGCUCAACACCCGACAAAGUUGCAACAACAAAAAAAAGGAACAUUCAAUCGUCUGAGUCUGACAAACAACUUCCCAAAACAUAUCCAACCAAAAAUCUCAAAAUGAGUGACACCCUCACAGAUUCACCUGAAGACUCAUUUCGAGACUCAUCUGAAGACCUGAUGUAAAUAACUACCCGUCUUCACAUGUUUUGGCCAAGCCUAACCAUUUUUGGCACAAUGUACAUAAACAACUACUUGGUUAGCAUGCGUAUUUUUGGAAAUCUGGCUAAAUACCAGAUUUAAAAUCUGGAAAAGGCACCAGAUUUUUGGUUAGCAUCUGUAGCCUUUAACAUCUCCCUGUAAUAUAGUUUCAAUGUAAUAUAUCUAUAACGUAGAACAAUGUGUUUCAAUGUAAUAUAUCUAUAUAUCUGCAACGUAGUUUUGAUGUAAAAUUCAACCAUAUCAAUAGUAUACCCGCA